AUGGAAGCAAUAGCACAGUUUCCUAGCAAGGACAUUGCGUCUAUCUUACUGCCAACGUUGGAGGCUUUCAAACCCCUUCUUGAAGCAAAUGACGUCCAGAUUCUCUCAGUACCUCGCACAACCUAUUCAUAUGGACCACACGAACGGCAAACACUUGACUUAUACUCGGAGCCCACGUCUUCACCUUAUUCUCCUCUAAUAGUGUUUUUCUACGGCGGCGGACUCAAUAGAGGCGACAGAAUCCUCCCUUUCUUCCCAUCAGGGCUUGUGUAUCACAAUUUGGGGACAUUCUUUGCUCAGAGAGGAUUUACGGCUAUCGUCGCCGACUACCGACGAGUUAAUGAUGCAACUAUCGGCACAGGUGACGGCGCUGUGUUCCCAUCUGGAGGAGAAGACGUAGGAGCAGUCGUUGACUGGCUCGAGUCAUCUCAUCUAUUAUCUGAUCAAGCCUCAAAACCCCGCGAUCUAUUUCUCAUGGGUAAUUCAGCUGGUGGAGUGCAUGUUUCGACAUACCUCUUAGAUCCACGAUUUGAGAAACAGAGAAGGAUUGCUUUGGCAGAAUCUGGAGCAUUCUCAUUACGGGGAGCUGUGUUGGUAAGCGUUCCGCUUGACUUCAAGACGGCACAGCCCACUCGAUUCGAUGUACUACGGGCAUACUGGCCCCCUAGUUUAUCCGACACGCGGAAGGAAACAUCUCAUGACGAUUUCUGCCCGAAUGGCUUAUUACGCUCCUGUAGAGGAGUAAAUUGUUGUGGCUUAGCUAAGCCCCAGGAUCUGAGCAUACCCGAUGUAUUAGUGAUGUUAGGAGAAUUGGAUCCGGAGGAUGAGAUCCUCGAAUCAAACGAGCGGUUUCUUGAAUAUUGGGAGAAGGUGUUUGGAAGUAGAGACGGGGUUGAGGUUAAAUGGAUGAAAGGACAGAACCAUAUCAGUCCACCGAUAGCGCUGAUGAGUGGGGAUAAACGUGGGGAAGAAUGGGCAGAGGAGGUGAUUAAAUGGACGAAGCGUUUCGAGCUGUGA